GUUUAUAUGAAUACACAUGUUUUUCGAUUUUUUUUAAUUUGGUUUGUCGAGUUCUAAGUUAUCAUUAUCAUAUUGAUCAUAACGGGAUCAUUUAAUUCAUCUGUUUUCUUUACGGUACAAUGUCUACAUUAAUAUUGGCACGUAUUUUUAAUGGUGCUGGCACCAGUGCCAUAUCACUUCAACGUAAUCGUUUGGCUGUGUUUAAUGCCACAAAUUUUAAUUUGAUUCGAUCUUUAUCGGUUCCACCGCCUCCUGGUCCUGGAGGUGCUAAAGUAUUCAAACGAGAUAAACCACAUAUGAAUAUCGGUACUAUUGGUCAUGUUGAUCAUGGUAAAACUACUUUAACCAGUGCUAUCACUAAAAUAUUGGCCAAACAAAAAUUGGCUAAAGUCAAAGAAUAUGAUGAAAUUGAUAAUGCACCCGAAGAAAAGAAAAGAGGAAUUACUAUAAAUACAGCACAUGUUGAAUAUGAGACAAAAAAACGACAUUACGCUCAUAUGGAUUGUCCCGGUCAUGCUGAUUAUAUUAAAAAUAUGAUUACUGGUGCUAAUCAGAUGGAAGGCGCUAUUCUGGUUGUAGCUGCUACCGAUGGUGUUAUGCCACAAACUCGUGAACAUCUUACACUGGCCAAACAAAUCGGUAUUGAUAAUAUGAUUGUCUACAUAAAUAAAGUUGAUGCUGCCGAUGAUGAAAUGGUUGAAUUGGUCGAAAUGGAAAUCCGUGAAUUAUUGACCGAACUUGGAUAUGAUGGUGAUAAGAUGCAUUUUGUUAAAGGUUCAGCAUUAGCUGCUAUGGAAGAUAAAAAACCGGAAAUUGGUGAACAAUCGAUUGAACAAUUGAUGCAAAUGAUUGAUGAAGUAUUUCCCGAUCCUGUUCGUGAAGUUGAUAAACCAUUUUUAUUGCCAAUCGAACAUGUUUAUUCGAUUCAAGGACGUGGUACAGUCGUCACUGGCCGUUUAGAAAAAGGUAUAAUCAAAAAGAAUUCCGAAUGCGAAGUUAUCGGAUAUGGACGUCAACACAAAAGUGUUAUUACUGGAAUCGAAAUGUUCAAAAAGAUCCUUAACGAAUCACAGGCUGGUGAUAAUUUGGGAGCAUUAUUGCGUGGUGUUAAACGUGAUCAGGUUCGUCGUGGUAUGGCCGUUGUCAAACCUGGUGAAUAUCGAGCGGUUGAUCAUGUAGAAACACAAAUCUAUAUGUUAAAAAAAGAAGAAGGUGGAAAAAAUCUGCCAUUUUUAUCAUUGCUUCGUGGACAUUGUUUCUGCCGAACAUGGGAUUGUGCUGUCGAAUUAAAUAUUGUUGGUAAAGAUAUGAUUAUGCCUGGCGAAGAUGCCAAAGUCAUUUUGAAGAUUCUACGACCAAUGGUUAUGGAAAAAGGAUCUCGUUUCACUAUACGUGAUCAGAAAAAAACAAUCAUGACCGGUGUGGUUACAAAUUUGUUAGACGAUCUUACACCGGAGGAACGAGCCAAAUUAGAAAAAGGACGUACGAAAAAAGAACGUGAAGAAAUGGAAAAACGAAUGAAAGAAAUCGAAGAAGGUUUUGCAGAAAAAGAAAAAUAGAUAGUGAAUAUAGACACUGUCAUUUGAUCUAUUCAUCUAUUCACAUUGAUUCUUAAGUAGUUGUAUUUUUUUUAUUAUUUGUAAUUAUUAAUUAAAAUAAUCAUCGAAACAGUUA